UUCCCUAAAACUGCAGCUAUGGCACUAAAAUCUAAACAAUUUUCGGUGGGAGUGGCUGAAACUCAACAAUCUCAGUUAACUCAGUAAUCAUGAGGGGUGUCCACAUACUUUUGGGCGUGUAGCGUAGGAGCUGAUGGGGCGUCCGGGUCACCGCGGAUAUCUGAUACAGAUCCAGAUCUUCUUCUUCUUCUUCUGUGUGUGUGUGAACGUGAAGCUUUAGAGCAGCAGGUCUGAACACGCCGAGUUUCUCUCCUCUUCAGGACCUGGGUGAUAUUACAGCUGGACAGUGGUGCAGCACGACCUCAGAGGAACGUCCUGAAGAUUCACCCGCACCAGCUAGAAUUCAGCGCUCCGACUUUGCUAGCUCCGUGUGAUCGUUUUUUUACGUAUCGUUUCCUGCUUCGGUGGACAUGAGGAGGUCCGGGUGGGGUCACCACAGCACCAGGACGUGUCCAGAUCUUACAGUCCAAACCCAGAACCGCCGAUGAGCCGCUGAUCAUGUAGAAGACGUGAAAGCUAAACGAUUACAGGAUUUAUUUAUCACAUGAAUCCCAAAAACACGAUGACCAAUCCCGUCCCCAUCCCUGUGCUCAACGUCCUCCCGCCCUCCUCGGAAAACGAGUCCUGCUAUUCCUCGGCCAGUCCUCUCCCUCACCGCCGCAGGAUUCGCAGAACCCGCAGCCGCCUGGAAACGGCGGAGGAAAAUCACGCGUCCGAAAGCGACCAGGGUCCAGGAUCCAGGACCGAGAGGAGCCAAACACGGAGCCGCUCUUCGAGCGCCCUCGACAAGGAGGGGCUUACGGUGCUGGGGGCGAGGCUAGACGUGCAGAUUGACUCCGCCCUCCUUCUCCCGCCGAGUCGCUCCCCGUCUCUGAGGAGGCGCUCGUCCCGGUGGUCCCUGCGGGGUCUGUUCACCAGGGACUCGGACUGGGACAGCAGCAGUACGGCCAGUAACUCUCCCCGGAGCACCCCGGGCAGUUCCCCCUCUCUGCGUAGACGGGUGCUGGGCGAGGGCUCUAAUGACCGCGCCGGAGGGAGCGGAGCUGAAAGCUCCUCACUGCCCACAGUCUCCUCCUCAUCAUCCCUGCUCCCCACACCCUCCUCGUCCACCUCCAGCUACCCAAUCAGCUCGCGGCACUUCUCUCGCAACGCCAAGAAGAUGCAGAGCUGGUACAACGCUCUCAGUCCGACGUAUAAACAGAGGAAUGAAGAAUUCCGCAGGAUCUUUAAGAAACUUCCGGACUCUGAGCGUUUGAUCGUGGAUUACUCGUGUGCUCUUCAGAAGGACAUCCUGCUGCAGGGUCGCCUCUAUCUCUCUGAAAACUGGAUCUGCUUCUACAGCAACAUCUUCCGCUGGGAGACCACCAUCACCAUUCUGAUAAAGGAGGUGACGAGUCUGACCAAAGAGAAGACGGCUAAGCUCAUUCCUAACGCCAUCCAGAUCAACACAGAGCAGGACAAGCAUUUCUUCACGUCGUUCGGAGCGAGGGAUCGUAGCUACACCAUGAUCUUCAAGCUCUGGCAGAACGCUCUGGUGGAGAAGACUCUGUCUCCUAAGGAGCUGUGGCACAUCGUACAUCAGUGUUACGGGACCGAGCUGGGACUGACCAGCGAGGACGACGAUUACGUUUCUCCCGACGCCGAGCACGUCAACGGCCUGCUUCCCGGUGAAGACUCCUGCUCUGAUGUGAUGGAUCCAGCCGUGGCGUCUGUACCCCCCGGUUCUUCUCCUCCGUCCUCCUCCUCUUCCUCCGUACAGCCCGCAGAGCUUCAGCCCUCCAGACCUGCCGCGGAGUCCGAGCCCAUCCCGACCCCGACCCCGACCGUGCACUCCCCCAGCACCUUACCCUCCACUCCUCCCGGCUCUGCCAGCGCUGCUCCGAACCCGGAGGAAGCUGCGCAGGACGACCAGUCAGAGUCAGCCAAUCACGUGGCACCUGUGGGUAACCUGUCCUCACUGGAGAUGACCAACGACGAGGAGCUUCCCACUGACCCGAGCAACUCGUCCGACACGCAGGAAGAGAGUGAGGUUCUCUCGUUCUGUGGGGAUCUGAGAGGGAGGCUCCACAUUAAUGCAGUGAUGAGGAUGAGUGUGGAUAAACUCUACGAGCUGCUGUUCUCCGACACUCACUUCCUCCAGCACCUCUUCACCCAGCGCAACUUCACCGAUCUGUCGGUGCAGGACUGGCAGAAAGACAGCAGUAGUGGAACCAGCUCCCGGGUUCUGAGUUACACCAUCGCCAUUAACAACCCCCUCGGCCCUAAAACCGCCCCUGUGGUGGAAACGCAGACUCUGCAUAAGAACAGUUCUCGAGGUGUGUGUUACGUGGUGGACUCGGAGGUGAUCACCUCAGGAAUCCCGUACCAGGAUUAUUUCUACACCAUCCACAGAUACUGCAUCACCUCCAUCAGCAAACAGAAGAGCCGCCUCAGGGUUUCGUCUGAUAUCUGUUACAGGAAGCAGCCAUGGAGUCUGGUGAAAACUCUGAUAGAAAAAAACACCUGGAGUGGUAUAGAGGAAUACUACAGACACCUUGAGGUGGAGGUGUGUAAGCUGGAGACUCUGCUUCAGUCCGAGGUUUCGGUGGUGUGUGUAGGAGGGGCGGAGGCGGGUAAAGCCCCUCCCACUCUGCGCAGGCGCAAACACACCGGCUUGAAACGCUCCGAGGGGGCGGGGCCAGGAGGUGGAGUUAUUGGUCAAGGGGGCGUGGUCAUGAGAGAGCGCAGAGACACAGGUGCGCAGUACCUGAAGGUGGGUGAGAGGUGGCGUGGAGCACCAAACAACAGCAACAGCAUCACCCUGCUGCUCAUCAUCAGCUUCAUUUUGAUGGUGUUGGUGGGUCUGAACAUGAUGCUCUUCUAUAAGCUGUGGGCUCUGGAGCGAGCGGCUCAUACACUGGAGACCUGGCACUCGUACUCACUCCCCGAAAGUCCUCUGCCCCAGUCCUCGUCUGAGUGGGUGAAAGUUCUGCAGUCGCAGCGCCAGUUUCAUCAGGCGCAACUCAACAAGUGGCACCAGAUCCUGCACUCGUCUGUUACACUGCUGGAUCAGAUGAAAAAGUCACUGGAGAAUCUACACAAGGGAAUUAUCAGUACUGAGGAACCUCAGGAACCUGCAGAGGAACCUUCAUCAUCAUCAUCAUGUACAGCUGAUCCACCCACAGAGCACUGACACACACACACACACACACACACACACGUCCAGACAAGCUCUGGGUCAAAGGUCACAGCGCACAGCGUGGUACCCACGGUGCUCACAUCCUCAAUCUUAUCACCUCAUCAUGGUUUAUUUAUUGGGUAAAAUUACCCAGAAUCCUCAGCUCUUUUUUUAAUGUGAACUGUAAAUUAAAACGCUGCCUUCCGGGCCUCGUCCUAAACCAUUUCAAUACUGAAGCAAUAAAUCUGGAGUGGAUUGGGACGGAGCCGUUACGUCCGCUCCUCAUAGCGCGAGUUUAAAUCUGGACGGGGCCACACAUUCGAGUCUCUGUUACACACACACACACACACACACACACACACACACACACACACACCAGUGUGUGUUCAGAUUUCAGUGGAAGAGGCGGGUCCUCGUUUUUUUUCCUGUUUUCAUGUUUAGUUCCUGAAUGGAACCUCAGCGCUCCACUGACUGACGAGGAGCGAACCUGUGGAUCUUUAUGUUGAAUGAAUCAUGGGUAAAAUUACCCAGAGUUCUCAGCUGCGGCGUCCGACCGUUACAGUAUUUAAUUCUCUGACUUGAAUGAAGCCCGGUGGCUCAUCGACUCAUUUCAGAUGUUUGUUCCUCAACCACGGAGGACCAGAACCGGUCAGGAUCGGAUCUCAUCUGAUCUGCGGGAGCUCGUGGAUCCGACCGACACUUUUCAGCAAUAAGAAGAGGUGGAAUA